UAUUCUUGGCUUGGUUUUCUGCUGCUCCCUCUUUUUUGUGCAAGAAAAGCAGAAAUCUAUUUCCCAGCCGUGAAACCUGUAGAUUGAGAUUAAAAAAUUGCAUUUUUCAUGUUAAUAUUCGGUGGAUUUACAUUAUCUUGGCACUCGAUGCUUACAUAUUUCAAGUAUCUACUCAAUACAUAGAUUGUUGGCUAUAAAUCCACUUUCGUUGAAGCAAGUCACUUUGCAUUUAAUGCUAAGAUUGAAAAUUUUCAAUCUCUUCGGGAGAAAUGUGUACUAAAAAUGCUUUAUGUUGACAUUGUGGUGCCAUCAUUUAUGAGGUAAGUGGCAAAAUUUUAUCAUAAAUAGGGGAUGUAGUUCGAAGAGAAAAUGUACAAUUUAGAGAGGUAAAGAGAGAAGAAGUAGUGAUCAGAGAGACGAAUAAAUUUAUAAUAGAGAAGAAUAUUCUCGUGAAUGUUUUCUAUUUGGUUUCUCCUAUUAUGAGAUAUAUUAAUUGUUGUCAUCUCCGAGAGAAGAUCAAGAUGGAAAACGAUGAGCUGUACAUGCAGGUUCAGAGGCCAAAAUAUGAGUGUCUUCUAUUUGAUCUUGAUGAUACUCUUUACCCCCUAAGUUCUGGUCUGGCAUCGGCAGUUCUUAAAAACAUUCAAGAUUAUAUGAUCGAAAAGCUUGGAAUUGAAGAGAGCAAAGUCUCUGAUAUGAGUAACCUGCUUUACAAGAAUUAUGGGACUACAAUGGCAGGCCUUAGGGCUAUUGGCUACGAUUUCGACUAUGAUGAAUAUCAUAGUUUUGUCCAUGGGAGAUUGCCUUAUCUUUGCAUUCAGGUUGGGAAAUCUCAGAGAGUGAAAGGAGCAGAUUAUGCAAUGGAAAGCAUCCACUAUCUGAGGGAAGCACUACCAGAACUUUGGGAAAAUGACAAGAUUUGUGAAGUUAAUUACUCUGGUGUUGGGGUUGCAGUUGAGACAUCCAUCACAGCUUAGAUUUUAUGUAAUUCUUAGGAAGGAAGGAAGAAAUAAAUAAAUUAUAUUCAUCUGAAUCUACUUAUCCCUUUCAACCUUGAUCAAAUAAUAUAUAUAUUUUGUUGUUAUCAUCA